GCAAGAGUUCAUCUCAUGUAUAGACAAACAAACGCUGAAAGUUUCAUCCAAACCGGAGCACCUCGAUACGAGCUGUUACACAUUGGUGAAAUACUCGCUGUUAAACGCAAGAUCAACUUUUCCAAAGUCAUUUUUGCUUUCUUUCACAGAAUCAGAAAGACUCAUCCUGGCGCAAUCGUACAUUUAUCGGACAACCCUUUAGAUGCGAAUAAGUUGUUGAUAGGAUUUGAAACAGGUCAAUUAGUUCUAUGGGAUAUGAGAGGAAAAUGUGCAGAAUUUCGAUGGAUAUCGCAGGAACCGCUUUUAUCGUGCUCGUGGCAUCAUGAAGGAAAACACUUUUUUUCAUCGCACACCGAUGGAUCUUUGUGUACGUGGCCUUUAAAACUUUCACCUAAACCUCUAGUGCAUGGUUUUCCACACGCUAAGACUAAUAAGGAUGGAAAAACAGAAACAUGCAAUGCAAUCCAGAAAGUGGAAGUUAAAACAAAUAGACUUGGUGAACAAUUUACAAUAUUCUCUGGUGGCCUGCCGACAGAAAAGUGUAGCAGUAAGUCUCAUUGCAUAACAGUAUUAGUUCAAGGCAAAUCAACCACAGUAUUAGAAAUGGAACAUCCAGUUAUAGAUUUUUUUACAAUUUGUGAAAGUCCUUGGGGAAGUGAUUUACAAGAACCAUACGCCGUUGCAGUCCUGCUGCAAAAUGAUUUGGUACUGAUAGAUUUGUUAACACCCGGUUAUCCCACAUUUGAAUCGCCUUAUUCCAUGGAUAUACAUGAGUCACAAGUUACUUGUUGUACAUACCUAGCAGAUUGUCCAUCUGAUUUGGUUCCAGCUUUUUACUCAGUAGGAAGAAAUACUUCUAACCGCCGUUCGGGAUAUUCGGAACGGGAGUGGCCAGUAAAUGGUGGAGAAUGGCAGCCAACUUCAUGUAGUUAUUCAGAAAUUGUCAUGACUGGACAUCAAGAUGGGUCUAUCAAGUUUUGGGACUCGAGUGCUGGAACAUUACAAGUGCUUUAUAAAUUAAAAACGUCUAAAAUAUUCGAGAAAUCCAGAGUGAGAUCGAUGGACGUCAGUGAUGACGAUCCUUUAUCUAUUUCGGCGAUAUCUUUAUGUGCAGAAUCAAGAAAAUUAUGUACAGCCACCAGUAGCGGGCAUGUAGUUUUAUUCAAGUUUAGGAGAGCUGAAAGCACGGGAGAUAUUGCCGUACUUGAAAUUCCUAUAUCUUAUGAAAAUUCAGCAGAAAACGAUGGCAGUCCAGAUUGUGAGUUUGUUCCAAAGACACUGCCAAAACAAUACGAUUCAACGGAUAGCGAGAAAAAGGUAGUUGACUUCGUAAAAUACAACAUUCAGCGUGUUUAUACUUUUUCUUUUUAAUUUUCAAUAAACUCACAGUGUAACGGAAUUUUGAAAGUCCGGAGUGGACCACAAAGGAAACCACCAGGUUUUCAAGCUCAAUUAGUAUGCGUAACUCCGUGGACACAAGGCACGCACCCUGGUCAAAUAACUGCACUCACAAUAAACUCCAGCUAUGGAUUAAUGGCAUAUGGAAACGAGUAUGGCCUUGCUGUAGUAGACAUUGUGCAAAAAUCGUGCUUAGUAAACUUAUCUACACAGGAAAUUUAUGGUUCCUUAGAUUUAUACUCUCGAACUCCCCGGAGUCCAAAGCGAUUAGACAGUGUCCAAUCAAAGGAAGAUCAUAUGCGAUCACCAAGUAUAGAUCAGUUAAAUGCCAGAGUGUAGCCAAGGAAUCUACGCCCAAACCCUGGAUUCUUCUCACGCCCGUUGGUCCGUACGGUUUAUGCGGAAUACUCCCCUAUUCGUACGCUGGCCACAGCUUUCAACGAGUUCUACCAUCUGUUCGACUUCCACGAACCUGUGAGCCGAUUUUUGGAAAGACUUCGAACUGAACUCCGAGAUCGUUCUCGUUCAUCGCGUCCUGCUGACAACCCGCAACAACGUGCAUCAAGAACAAGAAGAUCUAGCCGUUAAAUCAUGUUUUGUUUAAAUUUAUGUUUUGAUAACUUGACUAUAUUUAUGUUUGUAAACUUCUUAUUAGUUUUAAGUAACCAAACAUCAUUGAGACCACCGGGUCAGAUGAUUUCAAAUAAACAAACAAAUAAGUCGCUAUUGAAUAUUAUAAAGUUUAGUUAAGUACUUCAAAAGUUAUGCUUAAAAAACGAUUUUAACAAAAGUUCGGAAGAUGUAAAUAGGGUGGUUUUUGCAAGAAACCCGUCAUGUUAUAUAGUUUUAGGUAUAAGAUAUUGUAUUCAAAAGACUUUUUCAGCGAGUUCUAAAGAUUAAAGAUCUGACGACCCUAUCAAAAGUUAUACGCACUUAAGUGUUAUUUAUGCACUUUUUAAAUGCCGGACUAAAAUAUUUCGAUGAAAACGUUAUCCGGAUCUAUCAUGCGAUUUGUCGUUGGAUAGGUAACCAAAAUACCUUUCAAACGAGUUCAAUAGAUUGCAGAUCAGACAUCCCUAUCAAAAGUUAUAAGCACAUAAGUGCCCUGAAUAAUGAAGAUCUGACUACCCAAUCUGAUGGUAUGAAUAUUGAAUCAAGUUGAUAGAACACUGAAAGAUCCGUUCUUUUGUAUCUAUUUUGGAUAGCAUUACCCUUAAAAUGUGAGGAAGGCACCAACCACUUAAGGGUGGAUUAAGUUACGUUUUUUUAUAAAAUGCUUAGGACCAGAAAAUGGUAACAAAACACCGCGACAGAAGAAAUAUCAACAGAUAAACACGACCCAACACAAGAGAAUAGGGUAGAGAACCCAGAAAUCGCCCACUUUAUAAUGGAAAUCUUAGAAAUUAGAAAGAAUUUAAUGACGAUUUCUGGUUUUCGGUUCUAUCUGUUGUAGAACGUUGAUAAACUAUUUGAUUUUAAGUUUCCAAAAGGUUUUUAUCAUUUACAAGUUCAUUUUUGUUGAAAUUUUGCGUUUCAAUAAAGUGCUCUGCAGUGCCUAUUUCCGCCUCCCUAAAACCAAUUUUCGCCCGCCCUUGGAACCAGUUUUCGUCCUAGGCAAAACUCAAGAAAUCCAUUGAAAUUAUGGCACAAAGCUAAGCAAGUAUGGUCUCCUAUUGAUACACAACAUGUUCCCGAAGCUCAAUUUCAUUGAUGUGCACAAAUUUGUCGUUAUAUAAAUUGAGGUUCAAAAAACCCUAGGAGUUUUUUUUUACAGAUAUCCUACUUAUUUUGAGGUUCUCUGUCUAUUCUAACUAAAACCAAAACAUGUUCUCACUCGUAAAAAAAUAUGACUAAAUCAAAAUUCCUGAUAGAACUUAUGUAUCCCUAUUCACCCAAGAUAAGGGCACACUACAGUUAGCUCCAUGUUGUUGUUGAUUUUGAAUUGACUCAAUAGAAAACAUCGAGUACCUCUUAAAUAAUAAUAUUAUAGCAUAUAUACAAAGUCUGAUAAAAACUAUACUUUCCCAUAAUAUCGCUACCGGCUUGCGGGUAUUGGAUUGAACCACAUACACACAAAAGUAAACUGAUUAACAAAAGAAGGGAAAAUUCUAACAUAACAUCACAUUGAAAGAAUGUUAAAAACAUCAAGUAAUUGUCUAAUAUCUAUCGAUCUAGGUACAUUGUUACAUCUCGUGGUGGUUAAUAAAGUAUUGUUUCAAUAGUCAACGCUUGCUUCUAUUGUUCGUGUCCGAACAAUUCACAUUCUUUUUUAUUAUUCAUAUUUUAAGGCUACCAACACUUUCUGAGCAAAAAUCCGUACACUUUACCGAUAUGAAACCAUGGUAUAACAAAAACUGUCAAUGAAUUAUUUAGAUAAAUUAAAUUUAAUAAAUCUGAGAAUUAAAAAUUUAAAACUGUGUCAUUUUUACAGCUAACAAAUUUCACAAAUUGCUAUCAGAGUGCUUAUGACUUGCACGUUUAAAAGUAUUCAUAAAAUCAACCGUGAUUUGAAUCAAAUCAUUAGGGGAGAUGGGGGUAAGACGGACACCCUAAGGGAGAAGUCUCACAAAAUUUACACAACAGAUUAUUUUGAUCUCAAAUUACUUACAUAUAUUGUUCUACUAGUCGUCCAUUAUAGACAUGACAUAAAUUAGUUGAUCUAAAAACCAAUUUUCAAUACUGUACAGCAAUUUAAAAAAAAAUAAUUGAAAUCGUAUAUAUAUACGAAACAUGCGGGGUAAGACGGCCACCCAUGCACUGAAAGAAAGGCUCACAGCAAUAUCACAUGUUUCACACGUAAAUCAGCCCCAUACGGCUUUACAUAUGAAUGUCAUGUGCAAAUCACUUGGAAAAUUUCCAUCGCUCGACACGCAAAAUUCAAAAGCAAAACACGUUAACUUCGCGUGACGACACACAUGAAUUUGCAAUGCUUUUCACAUUAAUGUUAAAUGAGUUUGUAGAGUAAAUCAAAUGGUUUUCUAAUGGUAUUCAGGUGUGUAAAACAAUGAGAGCGGUUUUCUUUAUUUUUUUUAUUAAUUUAUUUCACGGUUUUUGUAAUUAUAACUUUUAUUUUUCUAAGUCAAAAUAUCUGUUUGGGUACAUGUAAAAAACGUUAAAUCACACAUUUCACUUCACUGCUACGCUGCGGACCAGGUUCCGAUGGCGCUGUGCUAUCACGAGCAGCGCAAUUUGGUAAUCGAGGCGCUCAAAAAUUACGCCCUACUGUGCCGGUAAAUCGUCACGGUCAGGAUCGCGAACGGACUCAAGCUUGCCGAUCAAAAGUGCAUCAAGACGAUCGUACAGCAACUGGCAGCAGGCUGAUUCGUAUUAUCGAGAAACACCGCUUGCAAUCUUUUUCCGGAGCUCCAGAUCGGAGCAGAUUCCGAAAACGACCUCUGGCCUGGAAAUAUAAUGUUAAUCUGCAUGAAUUUUAAAUUUUCAAGUUUCUUUUGAUUUUAUUUACCACCAGCGCGAACAUUUUAAAAAAUAACUACAGUAAUUUGGUUGCAAAAAGAACAUUUUAGUCCGAUAAGAAAAUUUUGCACUGCCGUCGUCCGUGGCCAUCUUACUAAUGAAGAAUUUUCGCCACAGGCAAAACAAAACUAAAUCAUUUCAAUCUAACGUGUUUUUCACAUCGAAAUCAAAGGAAAUGACAAAUGGGGCGAAUCGAAGUGCAAUUCAUUUGAAUUUAAAGUGAACAGCAUACGAAAAUAUAAUGAAGAGUUUUUUGCCAACGAUCAGCUGGUACCAAAUGAAUUUCACAUCCAUUUAACAUGGAAAGCAUGUGAGAGUCAAAGGAAAAGCACGUGAAUUUAUUGUGUUGGUUUUUGGAGACUCUCACGUGAAAAAACACAUGAGAUUGCUAUGUUGGUUUCUUUCAGUGUGUGGGGUAUGACGGUCAGUGCUAUAAAUUAACUUAAUAAUUUUGCUAAAUCCAGCCAAACGCCUACAUGGUUGGUUGAACAGACUUCUCUGAAAAUUAUAACUAUUUCGGUUGAAAAAAAUCAAGUUUCAAAUGUGAAGAAAAAUGCUGUUUAAAAAAUUUCAUAUUUUGGUUCAGUGAAUUUCAUAUUAUUGCGAUCACAUUUUAUGAAAAACUGUGAAUUUUUACUACAAUGCAAACACAAUUUGAUGCAAAAUAAUUAGUUUGUGUAUUUUGAUUAGAAUAAGUAAAUCAAAAUUAUGUAAACAAUAUUGAAUUGAUAUGACAAUAUAUGUUUAGCAUCAGGUCUCAGGCAAAGCUUCCCAGCAGGUGUCUUUUUCAAAUCCUCUGAAAUGUCUUCCGCAAAUUUUUAUUUAGCCAAUGAACUUACAGAUCAUCAUAAUAUUAAUUUAAAUCUACAAUUUGUUGUUGGGAAACCUUAAGAGCGAGUCCACGAACAGGGCAUAGCCCAUUGUUAGGGACGUUGUGGAGCUCACCAAUCUGCCUGAAAUUCAGGGGUUGUUUGAACUUAUAUAACUAACAUCUGGGCUAAAUAUGGGCACUAUGAAGCAUCCCAAUUGUUCAAAUCUAACGGAAGUUAUAAGCAUUUCAGUUAAAAAAUUGCAAAUUUCGAAGUUUUUAUCCAUUUAUGCCUACUCUUUAAAAAUUAAAGUAAAAAAAAAAAAAUCUGCUCUUGUCGGUUGACAUUUGGUAUUGUUGGAUAUGAACCUAGUUUCCAAUGAAUGUGAAUCGGUGAUUUCUUUACAUUUUAGUUUAGUAAAGAGUAUAAAUGGAUAAAUAUAAACAUUUUAAUACAUGUUAUUCUGAAAUUGGCUCAGGAACUUGAAUUUGAUAAAUCCAUCUCAAAAAAAUGGGGUAUCCGAGCAAAAGUUUGCAUAGCAAUUUUGCUAUAAAAAACCGUACAAACUUGAUUUGAAUAAAUUACGUUGUCAAUUUUACGAUGUCCAGUAGUGCAUAGUAAUGUUAACCCUCCAAUAAAGAAAAGAUGAACAUGAUUUAGUAUUCACUACCAUACAGUUUCGAGGAAGCAUGGUACAUUUUACCACAUUUGCGUUUACAAGAAAGCAUGUUUUUGAGUCAAACAAACCAACUUCUAUGGUACCCCGUGGUUUGAAUGUGUUGGUAAAUUUUCGACAAGAAAGCCUUCUAUGAACGGAAUCGACGUAACACCUUAUAAUGUGGCCCUCUUAAACCUUGCGGUUUCGUCAACGGAUCCACAGGCGUGUAUCGUUCUCUUUGCGACAAGACUCCGCCUCCCGGGUCUCCUAAGUGUGAAGGUAUGGCACGGGGAGAGGGCACCGAAUACCUAUAUUUACACUUUAGAAUUUUUUGCGUCCGCCUCGGGAUUCGAACCGGCGACCUCUGGAUUGUGAGUCCAGUGCGCGGGUCGAUUGAUCCACACAGGCUUCUAUGAACAGCUGUUUUUAGGCAUAAAAGUUCAAAUUUAGAAACUAAUUUGUUGUUUUGUGUCUAUUCCUACUGAAACCAAUAAAAAAUAUUCAAAUAUUGUGCAAAAACAUUACUAAAAUCACUUCUCAAUUCACCCCAUGUGUCUCGAUUUGCCCCGGAUAAUGGUACACAUUUUAUUUCAUUUUAACUAACGAAACAAAAAUAAAGAAAAAAAAAUAUUUUCGUCGUUUCGAUUUUGCGCCCUUUUCGUCAUGUUACUCCCCAUAAUUUUGACACUAGACACCAAAACUUUGGUACUUUUUAGGCUUCAGUGACAUUGUAUGCAGAAGACAGCCGAAGCAUCCCCGUGGAUUUCAUACUAUUCAAUGAGUUUUGUUGUCGAAACGGUAGUUAACAGCAUUUUGAUUGAAAAUGGAUAGUUUUAUUGAAAAUGCUUUUCCUUAUCUACAAAUAUGUCUUAAUAGUCAAAAAACCGCCAAAAAUAUAACCGGCCUAUAUCAAAUAAAGUUUACAAAUUACGGGCGGCCGUAUUACCCCCGGACGAGGUGGCCGUCUUGCCCCCAAAUAAAUUAUUUUUUUAAACAUUUUUUUGCAAAUAGCUCAUCGCAUUUUUCAAACUUUUCGGAGAGACAUAAUCUAGUAAAAACUUCAAUUUAACAUGAAAAAAAUAUUUGAAGACAGGAAAACAUAUUGUUUUCUAACAAAAAUGCCUAAGUUGUAAUUCAUGAAAAUUACAUCCAGUUUCAAGUUCAAAAAUUAUUUGUUUAUUUUGAGCUAUUUUUAUACUAUUUCAAACAAUAUGUUUGGCAUUAUUUAGCAUGAGGAACAGUAUUGUUAAACAUUUUAGUAAUAUUCAUUAGUAUACUUAUUAAACAGUUGUGUGGCCGUCUUACCCCGCCUGGACGUCUUACCCCCAGCUAUAGCAUGUGAAACACAACAGUUUAUAGGACCUUUAAAAAAAACUCUAGAUUUGUUAAAUGUUCAAAUGUUUUCACAAGUUUUAGAAAGCCUUUAGAAAUGGAAUAUAUUUAGUAAGGAAUGUCUAAAAGAACAAUUCUAGAGUUUUUUUAAACGGGCUUAUAAACAUAUGAAAGACAAUAGUUCAAAAACUCUUGAAUUAUUGAUAAUCAAUUUUGAAUUGAGGAAACUGCGGAAAACUCUCCCUUUUUACAUCAAAAUCACAGAAAAAUAAAAAUUUCUAGUUAACAAAAGCUUCGACCAAAUCAAAAAAGCAAUCCAAUUAUUGAAAAGUUGUUAAAAUUCCGUAUAAAUCCGUAUUAUGCGUAAAAUUCCCUACAAAAAUUCCGGCCUUUUAAAAAUCCGCGAAGAGGUUCGAAAAUCCGUAUGGUAAGGAAAAAAUCCGUACAGUUGGUAGCCUUAUCAUAUUGUUGUCAAAAUUUUUAACCACAAAUUAGAGAGAAGCAACGAUGCCAGAUUAUUUUAUGGGAGAUCUGUAUUUUCUUAAAAAUAAAUCUGUAUUUUUUCUGUAUCAUGUCAAAAUCGAAGCCAUACAAGACAUUUUUAUAAUUACAACAGCAUAUUUAAGCUUUUUUAUUCAUAUUAAAGCAUAAUUCAAUUACUAAAUUGUUGAAAUUUGUAAAUAUUAUCAAUUUAAAUAAAUACUUAAAUAAUUUAGAUAAAUAUACAGAUUUUUGUGAUUUUUGGGAUUGAAAAACUGGCAUGGCUGGAGAGAAGACAGAUUCCAUUCAUUCUCAAAUCAGAUAAUAUAAAAAAAAAACUCAUUUUCCGGAAAAUGUCCAUUCCGGGAAACGUCCAUUCCAGGAAAUUUUAUUCCGGAUAACGUCCUUUAAUUAAAACUAGAUUAGUUUGGCCCUGCUGAUUGGACAGCAUUACAUUAAAAAUGUAGUUUAACUUUUUAAACCCUCCAAUUAAUACUUUUCGACCAUUUCUUUUCAUAUGUAUUUUUUUACUCAAACUUUGUGCGGCCUUCCCUAUGACCAAAGAAGCAAUUUUGUGUCAUUGAUUCACCUUUAAUCUCCAAAAACUAAUUCUCCAUACAAUUUUGGCAGCUGUCCAUACACAAGUGGUACGUAAAAAUUCGAAAAUCUGUAACUUUUGAAGGAAUUUUCUGAACAAUUUGGUGUCUUCGGCAAAGUUUAAAGUGUUUGCCCAUUUAAUUUUUCGUGUACCUUGAACGUCUGAAUAAAGAAUUAAGAGUUUUUGAUUCGAUCCGUUCGUGGAGAGAAAAUCCUAAAAUACAGUCCA